AGUAAACAAAACAUUAAUUUCCAAUUUUUUUUCUUUUCAAUUUUUCAACGCGAUUUCAAAAAUGAUAAAUCGGUUUUGACGUUUCACUUCCUGUCAAUGUGUCAUAAAUAAUGACAGAUGUAAUUUCUUCGAUUAAAACAAUUGUAAAUUUUUUUAAUUAAUUUCCGUGAAUUUGAAAUGAUUUGAAAGAAAAAUAAAAUCGACGUGUUCGUAUUUAAAAUGUUUACUUUUGAUGGACGUUUGUCUGAAUUUAAUGGAGAACAAGAUUACAAUGGUAGAAUCCAUUGUUCGUCCAACUCGCGUCAGUUUUCUGUCACCAGCCUAUUGAGAUUGGGCGACAAAAGAAGGGCCUCCGGUUCAGACCAAGAUCCCGAUUCAGCCGAAGAUGCUUGUUGCGAAGAUAAACUAAAAAAACCACGUAGAAAUCGAACGACUUUCACUACGGCGCAAUUGGCGGCUUUAGAAAAAGUUUUCGAAAAAACUCAUUAUCCAGACGCUUUCGUUAGGGAAGAUUUGGCCAGUAAAGUCAGUCUAAGCGAAGCCAGAGUACAAGUAUGGUUUCAAAAUCGUCGCGCGAAAUUUCGCAGAAACGAACGAAGCCUUAACCUACAACAAUCUCCUACGACGAAACCCCCGACGAAAUCGACUCCGGUAACUUUAAAACCGGAUUUGUCGGAAAAAUCUCCGUAUCCGUAUCAAACUUCCACAAUGGCGCACACGUCCUCGCAUCAACACCACGAUGUACAAUACGUGAUGCCGUGGAAAUGUUCCUACACCCCGUAUAACCAACACGAUAUUUAUACAAAUAGUUUUAAUAACAUAUCGAAUCAACCUUGUAGUUUUUUGUCUAAUACUCAUUUUAAUUAUAGCGGAAUACCGUCGAAUUCAAUGUGCAAUACUUUAAAUAUGUCCGCCAUUAGAUAUAGGCAUCAAGAUUUUAGUUUAUAGAAUGUUGAUAAUAAAAAAAAUAUUAUAUUGA